AUGGAUGAGAAGACAAACAUAAGAAGAAAUCUCUUUGAGGAGGCUAAGAAUUUGGACAUCCUAGUGAAAGACCAAAAAGGAGGGGCUUACAUGGUUCCCAACACGGCUUUCGAUGUGGGAAUGUUGGAUUUAACGAAUCCUAAAACGGGAAGUUGGUUCAAGCAAAUUCUGCAAGAAAUGGUGGAUGAUGGAGUUAAAGGUUGGAUGGCUGAUUUUGGUGAAGGUUUGCCUGUGGAUGCUUGUCUCUAUUCAGGAGAAGAUCCAAUCACUGCCCACAACCGAUACCCUGAAAUAUGGGCACAAAUAAAUCGAGAAUUCGCUGAUGAGUGGAGAACUAGCAAACAACAAGAGCCGCUGGUUUUCUUCAUGAGGGCUGGAUUUCGGAACAGCCCCAAAUGGGCUAGCUUGUUCUGGGAAGGAGACCAGAUGGUGAGCUGGCAGGCUAACGAUGGGAUUAAGAGUGCGGUUUUGGGCUUGCUAAGCAGCGGACUUUCAGGUUAUGCAUUCAACCACAGUGAUAUCGGAGGAUAUUGUUCGGUGAGCUUAUUGCCGUUUUUCACCAAGUACAAAAGGAGUGAAGAGCUUCUGCUUAGGUGGAUGGAGCUGAAUGCAUUUACAACUGUCUUUCGAACACAUGAAGAAGCAUCUGAAAAGGGUCUGCCCAUUUGUCGACACCUAUUCAUUCACUAUCCAGACGACGAACUCGUGCAAAUGCUAACCUACGAGCAGUUUCUGGUAGGCACCGAGAUCCUAGUUGUGCCUGUUCUUGACAAAGACAAGGAAUUUGUUAAGGUUUACUUUCCAAAGGGAGAGAUUUGUUCAUGGAAGCAUGUUUGGUCUGGAAAACUAUAUUCGGAAAAAGGUUGCGUAAAUUUGGUGGCAGCCCGGAUUGGAUAUCCGGCUGUUUUCGUCAAGGAUGGAUCUAAAGUUGGAGAAAAGUUUCUUCACAACCUUAGAGAGCAAAGCGUUCUAUAA